AGUAGUGGGAUUACAGGCGCUCACCACCAUGCCUGGCUAAUUUUUGUAUUUUUAGUAGAGACGGUUUCACCAUGUUGGCCAGGCUGGUUUCGAAUUCCUGACCUCAAGUGGUCCGCCUUGGCCUCCCAGAGUGCUGGGAUUACAGUCCACUUUUUUUUUUCCUUAGAGACAGGGUCUCACUCAGGCUGGAGGGCAGAGUGGUUCCAUCUCAGCUUACUGCAGCCUUGACCUCCCAGGCUCAGAUGAUCCUCCCACCUCAGCCUUCCAAGUACAAGUGCACACGACCACACCUGGCUAAUUUUUAAAAUAUUUUUGUAGAGAGAGGGUUUCACCAUGUAGCCCAGGCUGGUCUCAAACUCCUGGACUCAAGCAAUCCACCCACUUCCACCUCCCAAAUUGCUGGAAUUACAGAAACGACGUCUCUCUGUGUUGCCCAGGCUAGGCUCCAACUCCUGAGCUCAGGCAACCCUCACGAUUCGGCCCCUCAAAUUUCUGGUAUUACAGCACCAAAGAGGAGACUAGCUACCCAGCCCAGUCCAGUGAUGCAGGUGCAGGAAGAUGGAGACAACCUCAUCCCCUUUGCCAAGUGUUCCAGGGUGGUCAGCCGAUCUCCACCCCCCAGGUUGCCUUCCCAGAGCCUCAGACCAAUGCCCCAGCGUUAUGGAGACGUCUUCUGGAAGAACCUCAGUCAAAGGCCCAGCCCCAGCUGGAUGGAGGAACAGCACAUUCCACCCAAGCUGAGAACCACUCGUUGCUCCCAGCUUGGUCUGUACCCUCCUGAGCAGCUCCCACCCCCUGAGAUGCUUUGCAGAAGAAAGAAGAGGAGGCUGUGUUUGGAAGGAAUGCAGCAGGGAUUUGGGGGGGUCCCCGCCCGGGUGAGGGCUGUCACUUGCCACCUGGAGGACCUAAGAAGGCGUCAGAGCAUCAUCAAUGAACUGAAGAAGGCCCAGUGGGGUAGCUCUGGGGCUGCAUCUGAGCCAGUGGUGCUUGGAAAAGAGGGCUGUGGAUUCCCCAGCACCAAUGAAUACCCUGAUCUACAAGAGGAGAGGGCAACCUAUCCACAGGAAGAGAACCGUUUUCCCACUCCUGGCAAAGCCCAGCUGCUUUGGUCUCCCUGGAGUCCCCUGGGUCAGGAGGAGGCUUGUGCCUUCAGGCAGCCACGCUCUCUGGCCUCCUUCAGCACUGUCACAGCCAGGAGGAACCUCCUGCACAAUCCCUGGGGGGAUGGAGUUGGAGUCUGAAGAGUAAGGAGAUCUGAUGCCAAGAUGAUAGUGGUGCCUCAGGGACCCAAGACUAGUUUGACACUAGAAUCAACCCCAUUGCUGACAUGAAGGUGUUUCCCCUUCCUUAGCCUCUCCAACUGCCUUUCCCAUUCUCUGAACUAGGCAUUAACAGCCUGCCCCCCACCCCGGGCUCCCAUCUCAACCCACCGCUCUCACAAGAGCACCCCCAAGUCCUGUUUUCCUCUAGGCCCCGCUCCUGGCCUUGUGUUCUCUCUGCUCUGUUAUUAAAAAGCAAGCAAGUGAAGCCCGAGUCAUCUUUCUUCCUGGGAAGCAGUGAUGGAGAGGCCAAUUGAGGAGGGUUCCUUUCACUUUUUCGAGGACCCAACUACAGUGAAGUCGGGCUGGGUCCCCAAAUUCAAGGAGUCUUGUCCGAGGCGAGAAGGGUCCUGAUCCCCGUCCAGCGUUCCUCGCCCAGCCCGUAGGGUUCCAGCACUGGACCGCCGCCCGUUUCAUUCUCUAGGAUGGGGCAUCAGACUGCCGAGCUUCCGCCUCCAGGACCCUGGAAUCCUAGCCCUCAGCGUUGCUGCCCUUUUGGGGACUUCCCAGCAGUCUGUCCCUCGGCCUGGCUCAGAGCCCUAGAAGCCGAGUCCCUCUGCCCAGCGCCCCACCCAGAACCCCACGUGUGCUGACCCCAGGUUCCCUUCCUGACCCCAUCCCCUUAAUUGGGAGGCCCCGCCCCGUGCGCAGUGACGUCGGACGCCGCUGUCAGCCGCCGCUGGGGGGGGUCGGUGUGGGGUAGAAUGGCCGCUGCCGCCGUCACCCGCGGGACCCCUGGAGCACAGACUCCCCCUCCCCCCGGCCCCUCAGGCCGGGGGUGACCUUGCCCCUUGGAGCCCUCACCAUGAAUACCAAGGACACCACUGAGGUUGCUG